GCCCCGUCCAUACGUCGACGGAAGCGCGCUCUUGCUUAAAACUCAGGUGGCGUUCUACGCUCAGAAAGCGUAAAGUGUUGUCAGAAAAUUUUACAAUAAGAAAGUCCCGUUUUAUGCUUUUCAUUAAAUUAAACUAAUCACUUAUUUUGGCCUUUACCCUUUCCGUAGAGCUGGUACGAGCACAGUACGUCCAGGUCCACGAGCGAGUUUUCAGCGAGAACGCGCUUCCAUACACAUGCUUAGGGGGCGGGGCUAAAGGGGGGAACUGAUCUCGAAAGGGAAACACAGCUCGACACACCGUGCAGGCUUGAAAUAGGUCUUGGGAGCUGCCAUUGUCCCCCCAUUCAUAUAAUUUACUACAGUCACAUUACAGAGUGUCUCUAUGCGAACCAACGUUAUUACCAACAUCAAACCGCUUUAUUUGUUGUAAACCCUGAGAGGCGGAACUUGCGGAAAAGGGACGGAUUAGUGUGAUCAACGUCAUGGUGAACCAAGUACAGCGCGUGGACGGAAGCUGGCAGUCCUGCAAGAGCGACUCCAGCGGGGCCAGCAACAGCGGGGAAAGCUCCAAGGAGAGCUCCCGGUGUUCCACGCCGGUGCUGGAUGCAGACCGUACGGACAGGCUGCGGGACAAGAUGCGGAGGAGGAUGGAGUCCGGAGACCAGUGGUUUUCUCUGGAGUUCUUCCCUCCCCGCACAGCCAGUGGAGCUGUCAACCUGAUAUCAAGAUUUGACCGUAUGGGCUCUGGAGGGCCCCUGUUUAUCGACAUCACCUGGCACCCUGCAGGAGACCCAGGCUCAGACAAAGAGACUUCAUCCAUGAUGAUUGCUAGCACAGCAGUCAACUACUGUGGCCUGGAGAGCAUCCUGCACCUGACCUGCUGCAACCAAACCAAGGAUAAGAUUACAGGUUACCUGGCCAAAGCAAAGCACCUGGGCCUCAAGAACAUAAUGGCUCUGAGAGGAGACCCAGUGGGAGCUGACUGGGAGGAAGAGGAGGGAGGCUUCAACUAUGCCGUCGACCUCGUUAAACACAUCCGAUCAGAGUUCGAUGAAUACUUUGACAUCUGUGUUGCUGGCUACCCCACAGGCCAUCCUGAGGCAGAGAGCUACGAGGAUGACGUCAGACACCUGAAGGAGAAGGUGGAUGCCGGAGCAGACUUUGUCAUCACUCAGCUGUUUUUCAGGGCCGACACCUUCCUGAAGUUCCUGGAUGACUGCCGGGCGGUCGGCAUCACAUGUCCCAUCCUGCCUGGAAUCUUCCCCAUUCAGGGUUACCAGUCGCUACGGCAACUCGUCAAGCUGUCGAAGCUGGAGAUACCUGAGGAGAUCACCAAAGUCAUUGAACCCAUCAAAGACAACGACGCUGCUAUCCGUAACUAUGGCAUCCAUCAGGCGGUGGAGAUGUGCCGCGUGCUGCUGGACAGCGGGAAGGUUCCAGGUCUCCACUUCUACACUCUGAAUCGAGAAGUUGCCACCAUGGAGGUUCUCCGACAGCUGGGACUCUGGAUCGAGGACCCCAGACGGCCUCUUCCCUGGGCCACGAGUGCAAAUCCUAAACGGAAAGUGGAGGACGUUCGGCCCAUCUUCUGGGCCUCCAGACCCAAGAGCUACAUCUACAGAACCCAAGACUGGGACGAGUUCCCUAACGGCAGAUGGGGAAACUCUUCAUCUCCAGCUUUUGGCGAGUUAAACGACUACUACCUUUUCUACCUGAAGAGCAAAUCAUCAAAAGAUGCACUUCUGCAGAUGUGGGGUGAGGAACUGAUGAACGAACAAAGCGUUUAUGAGGUUUUCACCUGCUACAUCACAUCACAGCCGAACCGAACCGGACACAAGGUGAUGUGUUUACCGUGGAACGAUGAGCCUCUGGCCCCAGAGACCAACCUGAUGAAGGACGAGCUGGAGAAGGUGAACAGGCGAGGCGUCCUCACCAUCAACUCUCAGCCCAGCAUCAACGGCAAACCAUCCACAGACCCGGUGGUCGGCUGGGGACCUCCAGGGGGCUACGUCUUCCAGAAGGCCUAUCUGGAGUUUUUCACUUCCAGUGAAAAUGUGACAGCUCUUCUUAAAGUGAUAAAGAAAUACGAGCCCCGCGUGAACUACCACAUUGUUAACGUACAUGGACGUAACAUGACCAACGCCCACGAGAUGCAGCCCAACGCUGUGACGUGGGGGAUCUUCCCAGGCAGGGAGAUUGUUCAGCCAACUGUAGUGGAUCCAGUCAGCUUCAUGUACUGGAAGGACGAGGCCUUCGCUUUGUGGAUCGAGCAGUGGGCGAAGCUCUACGAAGACGAGUCGCCUUCACGAAUGAUCAUCAAAUACAUCCACGACAACUACUUCCUGGUCAACCUGGUGGAUAAUGACUUUCCUCUGGAGAACUGUCUGUGGCAGGUCAUCGAUGAUAUGUUUGAGCUGCUGGAUGCGCCUCUAGAUCCACUCAGCGACGUGGCAGCCUCUGAAUAAGCUCAUUUCAAUUCAUCGUUUUUUAAAAAAAAAGAAAUAACACUACAAAACUGGUUUUGUGUUAUCGUAACAGGUGCCUUUUUAUAUAGAGAUUUUAGUAUGAAAUGUAAAUAACUGCAUUUUAAUGCUUUUUUAGGUGUUUGUGGGUAUUUGGGGUGAAUAGGAAGCAUUAUGGGAAAUAAGCUGUCCUGUCUCACCUGAGUGAGAUGAGGAACUUCAUCCUAUGCAUUUCUCAGCUGAUAAAUUGCACAUUUUAUUGUCAAAAAACUGAUUUUUGAUUUAAUGAACAGCAAACAACAAAAGACCUCACUAAAUGACAUCAUGGCCCUUCAUAAUGUGCUUUUUCCUAAAUAAAUGAAUUUUAUGAGAAAACGUUGGA